GCCUCAGCACCAUGUCUGAGCGCAGAGAUGAGGCGGACGAGGAGGUGAAGACUCUCAGAUGAGGACGUGAACGAGCAGGGGUCGUUUGGCAACGCUGCAGAGUCACGGAGGGGCUGGUUACACAACAACAACAACACAACAACAACAACAUGUUUGCAAAGAAGAAGAAAGCAGCUCAGCCCAGAGGCCAGGGCGCUGCUGCAGCCAGACAGAUGGGUCUGUUAAUAGACCUGGACCCUGACGAGAUGAUGGGUCUGGAGGAGAAUCUGGACGACUCAGACUUGGAGGCUGAACUCGCGUCUAUCACUGGAGAAAAAGGCGCUGUCAGAGGGAGAGCCAAGCAGAAGGGCAAGACCCCUCUGCCCAUGGACGACAUCGCUAGGAUGGCCGAUGAGUGCAUGAGAGAUGUGGAUGACGAUGACGAUGAUGACGUGGAAGAUGACGAAGAUCUGUUGGCGGAGCUACAGGAAGUGGUGGGUGAGGGGGAAGCUGAGGAUGUAGCAACUGUUUCCUCCUCAUCUUCUACCACCGCUGAACUCUCUGAAGCUGCAACAGGAGAGUCGACACCAGCGCAGCAGCAGGAAGUAAAGAUGUCAUUGGUCCCCGGCGGGCUCCAGCGCCAUCUAGAGGAGAGGAUAUGCAUGUACAAGAUGGCCUCACAAAACGCAAAGAUCGCAGGAGAGACCUCGAAAGUGCGGAGGUUCGAUCGCGGUCUGAAGACUCUGGAGACGAUGCUGGCUGCGUUGAAAAGGGGGCGGCCUGUGGACGAGGCAGAGAUCCCCCCCCCUGUCGCCACUGGAGCCCAGAGCGACGCCCCUCGUCCCGCUGUUCCUGCACGACCUGCCCCCCCUGUACCAUCGAGUCCCGAAUCUCCAGAUCAGCCGGAGGAGUCGGACGCCACUACGCCACCGCCUGCUGCACCAGAGGUCGUCACGCCCACCAGUGAUGAGGAGCAGUCGUCCUCCGCCACCCCGUCCCAUCUGAGCAGCGCCCCGUCUCCAGAGGAGCACACAGAGGAACCUGCUCUGGUGCCACAAACCGGUCAGACAGCUGCGACCGCGGCGACCAAGGCGCUGCUGCUGGAGAGGCAGAGCGAAUUCAAGAUGGCCGCUCUAAGAGCCAAGAAGCAGGGAGACAUGGAGCAAGCGAAACUUUACUUCAGGACCGGCAAGAUGUUCGAUCCAGUGAUUGAGGCUUUGGAGAAAGGACAAGAAAUCGACCUGAGCGGCCUCCCCCCCUCUCCAGGACAGGGUUCAGGAGGGAACUCUGCUCCAGUGAAGGAACAGACCUCAGGUCCAAACACACAGGUCACCCAACCAGUGGCUGCACCUCCAGCCGCUGCAGCCCCGUCCGUCCCUGCGCCUCCCAAAGACGUGCUGGAGGCUCUGGAGCAGAGACGAGCCAAGUACGUGGAGGCGUCGGCUCAGGCUAAAGCCGGUGGAGACGACCGCAAGGCCCGAAUGCACGACCGCAUCGCCAAGCAAUACCAGAGCGCCAUCCGAACUCACAAAGCAGGGAAACCAGUGGACUUUGAAGAGCUGCCGGUUCCCCCUGGAUUUCCUCCAAUCCCAGGCCAGAGAGCGUCGGCAGCUGAGCAGAGAUUUGUCUCUGCUCUGGAGGUGGCCAGUAAGAUCGUUGAUGGAGAUCCAGCUGAAGCUCCAGAGGAAGACGAGGAUGAGGAGAAACAAGAAGAGUCGAAGUCGGCUGUUCCAGAAGAGACAAGGAAACCAACGUUAGACGUCCCCACCGCAGGUCAGGGAAGAAAGAGGACUCCUUCAGCUUCUCCUGACAGAUCCGCUGCAAGGGAAGGAAUCUCCCCAACAGGGGUUCAGCAGCUGGAGUUCCUGGAGGGUCGGAAGAAGCAGUACCUGAAGGCCGCUCUGAUGGCGAAGCAGAAGAACGACCUGGAGCAGGCCAAGAGUUUCCUCCGCACCGCUAAGAGCUUUGAGCCCAUGAUCGAGGCAGCGCGCGGCGGGAAAUCUGUGGACAUCAGCACGGUGCCGUCGCCCCCUGGUGAUGAAGACGAAGACUUCAUCCUGGUGCAUCACAGCGACGUUCAGGGCUCAGAGAAAGCCGAUCAGGUUUACACUCAACUGGCCAAGAUCCUCAAAGAGCAGCACGAGAAAUGUAUGACUCACUCCAAACAGUUCACACACCUGGGGAACAUCUCCGAAACCACAAAGUUUGAGAAGAUGGCAGACAGUUGUAAGAAGAGCCUGGAGGUCCUGAAGCUUGCUCAGUCGCGGGGUCUGCCUCCUCCUAAGCAUCACUUUGAGCAGAGGUCGUUUCACACGGCCAGGAUAUUUCCCGAGCUGAGCAGCACUGACAUGGUUGUCGUCAUCGUGAAAGGGAUGAAUCUUCCAGCACCGAGUGGAAUCCAAACCAACGACCUGGAUGCUUAUGUGAAGUUUGACUUCCCGUACCCGAGCAGCGAGCAGCCGCAGAAACACAAAACAUCCGUCAUCAAGAACACAAACUCUCCAGUUUACAACCAGAGCUUCACGCUGACAAUCAACCGCAACCACCGCGGCUUCAAGAGGGUGUUGACUUCCAAAGGCUUCAAACUGGAGCUGCUGCACAAAGGAGGUUUCCUGCGGAGCGACAAGCCGAUUGGGACGGCCCUCGUGAAGCUGGACAAGCUGGAGUCCCAGAGCGAAAUCAGGGAAAUCGUAGAGGUGAUGGACGGUCGUAAACACACAGGAGGUCGUGUGGAGGUGAAGAUCCGCCUGCGGGAGCCUCUGAGCGGACAGGACAUGCAGACGAGCACCGAGCGCUGGCUGGUGAUCGACAAGUCCCAGGUUCUCGUUUAGAAGAAGCUACAGAAUUAAAGAUAACACACAAGAUACAGAAACACUCAGAGGAGGUGAAGAGAGACGGGCGUUUUGGAUCUGACUCUGACGAACGCUCUGUUGGUCAGACGCAGACCGAUGUCGCUCUUUUCACAAGAAAAAACACACAAAAACAAAAAAACCUUUGCACAUUUGCUAGACACGAGAGCUGCUGCUCACACAGCCGCCUGUGAGCAGAGUGGUUCACAGAGCGGUUCACAGAGUGGUUCACAGAGCGGUUCACAGAGGGUCAGCUUGACCUUGUGUCCCUCCUCCUCCUGGAGGACGGCAGCGUGUCCUGGGCUCAUGAAGAAGGGGCUCAGUAUCGAGCUCCCCCUGAUCCUGCUGCCCGACUAUAGUUAAUAUAAUAGAGAGAAAAAGAAUGUGUUCAUAUUCUUCAUAUUAUACAGCUCUGGUAUCUAGAACUGCACCUAUGCACUAAUACCAAAGUAAUCACUGUUGCUGUAAAAUCCUGCAUAUUUGAAAUCGCCUUUAGCUGCCAAACCUGCUACGACACGACGGGUUCAUGUGUGUGUGACGGGAGGUCAGUCGUCAGGGUUCUUCUUUAUUUCCCCACACUACUCCUCCGCUUCUCAGUGGCAGCGGUUCAGGCCGAUGCAGCGGGUUAUACAUGUUCUACAGGAGCAAGCCAAGGAAGAGGUACGAUUAUUUAAGAGUUCAUUUACAGACCGUUCUCCCUGCUGGCACCUUUCACUGAUUUAGUUGCUUUAGUUGUGUUAGACUGACAUGUUUGCUUAAAGCACAAAUAUAAGAGACAACGUUUAAAACAGAUUCUUUAUUUCGUGAGUAAACAAGACUUUGAAGAAAGAUGGAGGACACCACACUUCACCACUUUCUCCCUUUGUGAAAAACUCUAAAAGAUCGUGGCUGCGUGUUGUGCCAUCUUACGUUAGAGGUGUUGAGCUCCUCAUCUUCUUAAAAGAUCUGGAACUGUUGGUUUUUCUAAACUAUGCAUCAGUUCUCUCACGUGGUGGAAACUGAAUGUUGAGACGAACCCGUUCACCCAGAUUAUGAAGAGUGAGGUAAUAACUGGCAUUUUAUUCAAUGUGAAUCAUGUAAAGUUCGCAAGUCGUUUGUGAAGAAAUAUACUUUUAUUUCCCUGAGAUCUGUUACAAAAGAUAAACUCGAUACUCAAGAAUUUAGCUUCGUCCCAUCAUGUCACUAAAAUGUAAAAUACAUCAAAUAAGCCUGAUGGCAUUGGAUAAACAAUUGAAGGAAGAACUUUCUAUGAAUGGAUUUGUUUCCUGCAGAUUUCACUGAAUCUAGAAAUCUGAUCAACUUGAAACUGGAUUGAAAAAGUUAAAGACACCCGAAGCUCUUUGUGAGUUUUAGCGUCCUUCAGCUCAUUGUUUUGGUUCCUCCACUUUCUGAGCAGAAACCGGAGACGAGCAGGUGAACAGGUUGAAGCCUUAAGCAGCUGAAGAGUCAAACAUUUCCCUCAGCAGCAGGUGAUGAGCGAAUAGAGGGCGAACACUGCACGUGAACUAGUCAGGUGACCCGGAAACAAGAGUCCCAAUUAAUACCGUGAGAAUGUAUUUCUUUAAUUUGAGUGAACUGACCCUUUUAAAGCUUGAAUAUCACCGUUAAUAUGAAAAAGCUGACGAAAGAGGCCAAAAAGAAAAAGAGUUCCUGAGUCGACCACUUGAAUUCAGUUCCCAACAGUUUUACCUCAACGUCGGCAACAUCUUCCGGUUAUCAACCGUUACCAUCUGGUCACAACAUUUCUGUUUCUCGCUGUCAUUUCCUGCACUUUCUAGAAAAACUUCAUAAAUCUGUGUAACUGACACGAAGUCUACUUGACACUUUGUUCUAAAUAAUUAAAACACUGUUACCGAUCCUUUUAUUUUUCUGUGGUUUUAUUUGUUCCAAUGAUCAGAGAUGUGAUGUUCAGAGCAGAUCGAUAAAAUGGAAAUAAAUAAAAUGAAUUCA